CUGAAACCACACAGCCGAAAAAUGACUGGAAAAUCAAUGGCGAAGUCUAUUUCCUCCUUCCUCACCAGAGUUCUCUUUGGAAGAACCAAAGCAACCGCCAACAUCGAUGCAAAACCGACCCAAAUGUUCGCCAAUAUUGCCAAAACAUCCCUCGAAGGCUUCUCUUCAGAAACGCUCGUCUUCGACUUCGAGGGCACGCUCCUUCGGUCCUCUUCCCUCUUCCCUUACUUCAUGCUCGUGGCCUUCGAAGCAGGAGGCUUCUUGAGAACUCUCGUGUUGCUUCUCGCAUACCCUUUCGCAUGCAUGCUCAAUCAAGAAACGAUGCUCCGCGUGAUGGUGUUCAUAUGCUUUGUUGGAGUCAGGAGAGAGAGCUUUAGGCUCGGAAGCACGGUUUUGCCCAAGUUCUUCUUGGAAGACUUGGGCCACGAGGCCUUCGAUGGCGUGAUGGGUUUCGGGCGAAGAGUGGUGUUCACAAGGUUGCCGAGGAUCACGGUGGAGGAUUUCUUGAAAGAGUGGCUGGGGGUCGACACGGUGGUGGGAGGAGAAGUAGCGGUGUUCCGAGGGCGGUUCACGGGUUUGAUGGAGAAGAACAAGGCAGGACAAGAACUGAUUCAGCUUCUUGGUGAGGGAAGAUUAAUGGGUUCUCGUGCAACUUGUGUCGGAUGCUUCAGCAAGCCAUGGCCUUUUGACUAUCACCAGCUUCUUGCUCACUGUAAGGAAGUCUACAUGGUGAGCCAAGUAGAGAAGAGGAAUUGGCAACUCCUCCCAAGAGGGAAAUAUCCAAAGCCCUUGAUCUUUCAUGAUGGCAAAUUGGCCUUCAGACCAACUCCACUUGCCACCCUCGCCAUGUUCAUGUGGCUUCCGCUUGGCCUCCCUCUCUCCAUCCUCAGAAUCAUUCUCGGCAUCCUCUUGCCUUUCUCAAUCUCAGGCCCUGUAUUGGCCAUGAUAGGCCUGAAGACCACCGUCUCAAGACCCCAAAACCCUGAUUUCGAUCCCAAUCUACUUGCCAACAGCACAAAGGGCACUCUCUAUGCAUGCAACCACAAGACCCUUUUGGACCCAAUCUUUGUCUCCCAUGCCCUCAGCAAGCCCCUCGCUGCGGCCAUCUACAGCCUGAGCCCAUUCAACGAGGUCAUCUCCCCGAUCAGGACUGUCCGCCUGGCCAGGGACCACGAGCGGGACAAACAACUUAUGCGGCAGGCCCUGACCCGCAGCGACCUCGUGGUGUGCCCCGAGGGGACCACGUGCAGGGAGCCCUACUUACUCAGGUUCAGCCCGUUGUUCACACGAGUGAGCAAGGACAUAAUCCCCGUGGCUAUCGACGUUGGGGUUAGCAUGUUCUACGGGUCCACAGCCCGCGGACCCAAAUGUUGGGAUCCGGUCUUCCAUUUCAUGAACCCAAACCCGAGCUAUACUCUCCAAUUCCUUGAGAAAUUGACGGCCUCUUGCACAUGUGAGGGUGGUGGCAAGUCCGGCGUUGAAGUUGCAAACUAUGUGCAGAGCCAGAUUGCUAGGGCUCUAGGGUUUGAGUGCACACUCCUCACAAGAAAGGACAAGUACAUGGUCCUGGCUGGGAAUGAUGGGAGAGUAAAAACCGAGAAUUGAAUGUAAGAGUUUGAAAAUCUAGUAGCCUGCUAUGACUAGUGAUAUAAGUCAUCGCAUCAAAAGGGCUCAAAAGAAACAUGAGUAAGUACAAUUAUGUUGUUACCUUUGGAAUAGAGCUGUCAAAAUGGGUUACUAACCCAUAUUUAUAAAAAUUGGUCAGCUCAAAUUUGUCAUACA